GAUUGUUGAAGCACUGAGCGUUCACCUCUACCACCAUCUUCUGGUCUUUUGGGCGGUUUGUCUGUUGGGGCGGAUGCAUACAACGAUCUGGAGGCCGUUUAAUAGCCAUGUAACUGGUUUCUCCAGAUCUUGGGAGAACUUCUUCCGCGCUUCGUCUUGUAGCCGACUCCAGAGACUCCCUGAUUCACGACGCACAUGCGUACGCGGUUCACGGCAGACACGCCAGUUUUCUAAUGCUGCUUCAAGAUUAAACGCUGGGAAAUUACUCGACACUUCAUCCUUUAGGUUCUACCGUAAACCACUGCAUUAUGGUGGUCACAGACCAAUGGCAUGGAUUCCCAAGUUGAAGCCUCGAUCAAAUGACCAGUUUGACGGGCCCUCGGACGGCCUGGAAGAGGUUACAAAAGUCGCCAUACUGGAAAAGGCGAUGAAAGGACGCCAGCCGACAGAUCUGAUGCUACGUUGUACUAUACUGGACGCGGAAGGCAACGUCAAAACAAUCUCCGGACAGUUCAAGAAAUCAGACCUUUGCUCUGAGCAUCGAUUAAACCCUCGUGAUCUAAGAAAAAUAGAUUCGAGGGUACCAAACCUUGUGCCCACGAUCUUGGUGCGAAAAGAAGCCAUACUAGUGAACGUUCUUCACAUACGUGCGCUCGUGAAAGCGGACGCAGUAAUCUUGUUUGAUACAUAUGGAUCAGCCGACUCCAGACUGCAUUCUGUCUUCUUAUACCACCUUGAGCACAACCUAAAGGCAGGAGGUACAGGCCCGCCGUACGAGUUUCGCGCAUUGGAGUCCAUUCUUUUGUCCGUUCUAAGUGCGCUGGAAGCCGAGAUGGUUUUCAUACGUAACAUCGUCGGCGGUCUUCUCGCGGAGCUUGAGGACGAUAUCGAUCAUGACCGUUUCAAGCGAUUACUACAUUACUCCAGACGGCUAGCAAGCUUUCAAAAUAGGGCCAAGCUGGUUCAAGAGGCUUUAGAAGAAGUGCUAGAGCAAGAUGAUGACUUAUCAAAUAUGUAUCUUACUGACAAGAAAACUGGCAAUCGUCGUGCCACUGAUGACCAUGACGAAUUGGAAGUCUUACUGGAAUCUUUUGCCAAGCAGGUGGAAGAAAUUGUAAACGAGGCGGAGAAUAUGCAGAGCAAUGUACAAUCCACACAAGAAAUCGUAGAACUUAUUCUAGAUUCUAAUCGUAAUGAAUUACUUGCCUUGGACCUCAAGGUUUCUAUACUGACCAUGGGUCUUGGUAUCGGAACCCUCACGGCUGGGCUCUUCGGUAUGAACCUCAAGAACCACAUCGAAGGCAAUGAGUAUGGCUUCCUCGCCAUGACCCUCUUGUCACUCGUUGCCACCGGCUUCAUCUCCUGGUCAGGCCUUCGCCGGUUAGCCAAGAUUAGGAAGGUGGGGCUUUCUGGCAACGGCAGGAAGGCGAAGAAGGGCUGGUUACCUCUACCGCUUCGACGGCGCGGUUCCGAUUCACUCUGAUUUUCGACAUCUUCUCAGUCCUCCACUCACCCCUCAGCGUCAGACAAACCUCACGUUCACCACCGCUUCCACUAUAUCGUCGCUUGCCUUAAUCCAUACCAGUCGGAUCUACAGCAUCUAAUUUAUUUAUGUCUUGCACGUUGUGCCUUAGGUUCCGCACGCAUAUCUCAAGAAACGGUCAGAUGUGCAGCAUGAUGCAAUAUUGAAAGAAGAGGCGACAUCACCCUGAUAAUAGACUAUCAGUUCCUACAUCGGUUCCUUUGUAGGGAUUACGAAGAUCGGAUCCGCAAGCUCGAAAAAGGAUCCAGGACUGCUAGGUACGGAGUGCACAGUUAGCACAUGCUUUGGUUUUAUCCACUUAGACACAAUACCAUUUCGCGCAGUACAUACUGGGCGAUAUAGGCACCAUUCACUACGGAAAUGUACUUCCGCUUGAUACAAUUGAACCAAGUACACGUCC